GAGAGCGAGCAAGAAUGAACUUACAAUAAGAUUACGUGCUAAAAACCGGCCAUGAAAUGACAGCUCAGGGACUGAUCGGCGUGGCUUGCUUGUUCACACCUCGCCAAUAGGAGCUCCUAUGCGUCCCAGGGCUAUCAAACCCCUCCCCAUGUGCGUGGUGGCCGUCCUUGGAUGUAACCGUCGGCUCUGCACUUCUGGAAUUAGUAAUUUUGUGCAGUAUAUAUGCUCGUUCACUGCCGCUCAUAAUCUUAACGGCCUCUCUUUUCUAGUAUUGAUCGAUUGACUUUGACUGAUUGGUUGACUGACCAGUUCGCGACA